GUAUUUCAAUUGCUGAUCAAGGCUAAUAUAAUUGAUUUCACCUAUAUGAACACCUUAACAAUAUAAACCCACGUGAGGAUUUAAAUUCGGAAUUAAAGGUCGAUCUUAACAAACAGUAAAAGCACAUGUUCUGAGUUUACGUAACUGACAUUAUUUAUAAACAAGGGGUAGAGAAUGGAGGUGGUUUACAAUGUACGACACUUUUACCACUUGGCCAUGUCAAAAGGAGACCCUAGGGUUAAUGACUGGCUGCUGAUGGAAUCACCUAUUCCUGUCGUGAUAAUUUUUGCAUCAUACUUACUCAUGGUCAAGUUUGGACCCAGGCUGAUGGAGCAUCGGAAACCUUUACAGCUUCACAAUGUUCUGAUCGCUUACAAUCUGUUUAUGGUACUUUUAUCAGCAUACAUGUUCUAUGAGUUCCUUAUGUCAGCAGUCCUUGCAGGCUAUAGUAUAAGAUGCCAACCAGUAGACUAUUCCAAUAAUCCAAUAGCAAUUCGGAUGGCUAAAGUAUGCUGGUUAUACUUCUUUUCAAAAAUAAUAGAAAUUUUAGAUACAAUAUUUUUCAUUCUGCGGAAAAAGGAUCAACAGAUUACAUUUUUACACGUGUAUCAUCACAGUACCAUGCUGUUAAAUUGGUGGUUAGGUGUUAAAUAUAUCGCUGGAGGGCAAUCAUUUUUCUUAGCUUUAUUAAAUACAUUUGUCCAUGUACUAAUGUAUGGUUACUACGGAUUGUCAGCACUUGGUCCACAUGUUCAGAAAUAUUUGUGGUGGAAAAAGUACAUAACAAAACUUCAACUUGCUCAGUUUUUCCUAGUCAUCAUCCAUACCAGUUUGAAUAUAGUAACCGAGUGUGACUUUCCAAAUGGAUACAAUGUAGCAGUAUUUGUAUAUGCCUUUUCAUUGGUCUUUCUGUUCGCAAACUUUUACAAAUCUGCAUACGAGAAGAAAGAGCAUAGUACAUGAUAAUUGAGAAAUGUAGAAAAUAAUUUAUUAAUAUCAUUAUGUACAUAUUUCUAAUGUUGAUUUCGAGUAUGUGGUGUAAAUAACUAUUUAUUUAUUAAAGUUAUUUGUUGUGAUUUAA